AUGUCAUUGUUCAAUCGUAUUGGUCCUGUCUUUCCAUCAGAAUUAUUUGACUUCAUCAUCGACUUUCUCUGGGACGACCGCCCUUCGCUGAAAAUCACACUUGCGGAGAGAGACGAUUGCUACAAUCUUCAGAGACUUAUUGACGCCACCGCAGCUCGUGCAGAUCCACUCGGUGGCUAUGUCCGUGAGCUUUCGAUUACCCGUAUCUGGGCACGGGGAGGGGACCCUUGCUUCUCAUCAAGAUAUUUUCGUGAGCUUAUCCCCAGUCUCGUAGCAAGACUGAUCUACGUCGACCAGUUGAACCUGACUGGUCUUAGUUGGGGAGGGAUAUUUGAAGUGCGAGCAGACGUGGUGGCCAAGUUCCUGACCUUAUAUCCAGCACUGAAGGUGCUCCGCCUCACACGAAUGACCUUCAGGAGUGCACAAGAUCUUUAUUCGCUGCUUACCGCUCAUCCAUUACUUCAUACUCUGUAUAUCACAUCCGUCAACUGGGAAAGUGAAGGCAGCGGAUCAACCGCUCUCCUUCCAGUACAUCAAAGCGUGGAAGAUAAACCUAUUCAAUUGCGGGAACUAUUACUUUCAUUCACAUCAUCAACAUUCGAGCCAUAUUUUGCUUCUAUCGGGGUGUUCCUCAUGGCUCCACCAUUCACAUUGGAUCUGCGCAGGCUACAGUGGGUUUCGACUCCGCAUUCUUCUGGGCAGCAGACUUUGAACACGUUGGUCCGGAGGGCUGGCUCUCGUCUUGAGUGCUUGCGUGUAGCUCUCCCGCUUAGAAAACAACACUUGAUCCCCGACCAGGUGCUUGACAUUUCCUCCAACACUAAUCUCGUGGAGCUGCAGGUUGAUUGCGAUGGACGUACGAGAUCUAUCUGGCAGCCAACGUUUCUCUCCAAAAUCCGAUCGAGGCUUUUUCGGGCACUCGACCUCAACUUCGACCUGAGGCAUUGUCCGCCGCAAGUGGACUUCUUGGAUUGGGAAUAUAUCGACAACGUUAUCACAUCCUUGACCCUGUCGAGACCCAAUCUAAUUGUUCGAUUCUCUUUUCGCAGCCAUAUUACGGACACUAUCUGGACCACAGACCUCAUCCGAGAUGUCGCAGCCGGGUUACCGGGAGUCCACGCCGCUGGGAUUGGCGUAGGGAUCUUAUUCCGCGACAGGGAUUUAGAUGACAUAGUUGUAGCGGAGCAUUGGUUAAGUCCCGUUGCCCUCAGUCAGGGAUUCGAGGAGAGGGUCAUGAUCAGUCAAGUUGAGACAAUAUAA